AUGUCCUCCUCCGCCGAUUUCCAGCCAGAUGGAGGCCAUGAUCAUAUCUUACGCCCUAGGCCGCGUAAACCUCAGCAUUCCCAAGUCAACGAAUUAGUUCGGGAGCACAGUAGUACUUCCAUUACAUCCGUCAAUGGACUCCUUGAGACGCCUCAGGAGGGCACCAUAUCGGGCUUGACAAGUGGCCGCUCAACCCCUAUCCCGGAAAAUGCUCCCGCUUCAACCAAAGCUUUGUCUAGUGCACGAAAGCAAGUUCGCGCCGAGCAACGACGACGUCUCUUUCCCACUGUCGAGUUUACCUCCCGAGUCUCCCACUUCGACCCCCAAUCCGACUACCGCGAUUUCCAUGGCUUCUUCAACCUCUUCUGGAUCGGUCUCGCCAUCAUGGGCAUCACCUCCAUGUUACGUAAUUACAAAGAUACCGGAUACCCAUUGCGGGUUCAGAUUUGGACCCUCUUCACGAUUAAGCUAUGGCAUCUUGCUAUAGCUGAUGUCUUGAUGGUUGCUAGCACCGCCAUCAGCUUACCGUUACAUAAGAUAUUCAGAAAAAGCCAAGGGUCGCUUACCUGGAAGAAGGGCGGCAUAGCUAUACAGAGCAUUUAUCAGGUUGUGUGGUUUGCCUUCUGGGUCGCCGUACCCUUUGUUUUGAAUUGGACAUGGACAGCUCAGGUCUUUCUUUUGCUACAUACCAUGGUCCUCCUGAUGAAGAUGCAUUCUUACGCUUUCUAUAAUGGUCAUCUAUCAGAAACAGAGAAGCGAUUGCGCGCUCUGGAUGAGCCUCAUGGCGCCUCCAAAGAUCCAGCAUACGUAUAUCCUUCAGUUGAGAACCCAAUGGGUGAACUCGCGCAUAAAGAGGCGGAAGUCGAAAGCGAUAGCGAUGACGAAGGUCUCCUACAGCUGCGUGACGAUCUAGCCCGAGAGUUGACAAGUCCCAUCGGCAAUAUUACCUACCCGCGGAACCUGUCCUGGCCGAAUUACAUUGACUAUCUUCUCUGCCCGACGUUGUGCUACGAACUUGAGUAUCCGCGUAACCAGACUAUUAACUGGACGUCGCUCAUUGCCAAGGUUGUUGCAACCUUCGGUUGUAUAUUUUUGCUAACCGUCAUCUCGGAAGAGUUCAUCCUACCCGUCCUGCAGGAAUCGACCGUGCGCCUCGACAACACCGCGUCUGUGUUCGAGACUCUACUCAUCCUCUUCGAGACUAUCUCAUGGCUCUUGUUCCCCUUUAUGCUGACCUUCCUCCUUGUGUUCCUCGUCAUCUUUGAGUAUGUGCUGGGUGCCUUUGGCGAGAUCACGCAGUUUGGGGAUCGCCACUUUUAUAGUGAUUGGUGGAAUAGCACAGACUGGAUGGAAUUCAGUCGCGAGUGGAACAUACCUGUGUACUCAUUUCUACGCCGACACGUGUAUGCCACCACCAGACCUACUAUCGGUCGCAAUAAUGCUACCGUCAUCACUUUCCUCAUCUCGGCCAUCGGUCACGAGAUUGUCAUGGCCUGUAUUACCAAGAAGAUUCGUGGUUACGGCUUCGUCUGCCAGAUGCUACAGUUGCCUAUUGUCAUGCUGCAGCGCACCAAGUGGGUGCGUGCCCAUAAGACCGCGAACAACGUGCUCUUCUGGGCCAGCAUGAUUAUGGGGUUGAGCCUGAUAUGCUCGCUUUACGUCCUAGUUUGA